AUAAUUAAAUCUGCUCCUUACACUCUGUGUGAGAACUUAUGUUUGAAUAGGUGCAUAUGAUGUCACCCCACCCUCACCCACCUCACACCCAAUCAUUCUUGGAUUUGGUUUCGGAUUUGUUGCAUAGUUUUUGUAUUUCUAUAUUUUCUAUGCAGCUUUGAUUGUUUGUCAACAAAUUUGUAGUUUUUUUGCAUUGUAGCAAUUCAUUAAAAUGUCGGAAAGCAAUGUUCUUAUCACAGAGCCUUUACAGAUAAUCAAAGAGGAAGGUAAAGAGUGUACUGGCACUGUGAUUUUUCUACAUGGUUCAGGUGAUACGGGUCAUGGAGUUUUUAGUUGGGUGAAAUCACUGCAUAAAUUUUCUUUUCCGCAUAUUCGAGUACUAUUCCCAACUGCCCCCUUACUACCUUUUACGCCCAACUGUGGAAUGCCAUCCAAUGUUUGGUUUGACAGAUUGAAGCUUUCACCUGAUGCUCCUGAGCAUAUUGAAACCACUGACGCAACAGCAAAAGAGUUGGUCAAUAUUGUCAACAACGAAGUCAAAAGAGGUGUACCUCUCAGUCGGAUUGUCAUUGGAGGAUUCUCAAUGGGUGGUGGCAUGUCACUCCAUCUGGGGUAUCGCUAUCUGAGAGGUGUUGCUGGAGUUUUUGCGUUGUCAUCCUUUCUCCCCUUCUCUUCUAAUGUAUAUAAGAGCCUUGAGAAUGAUAAGACCAGCAAAACUCCACCAUUAUUUAUGUGCCAUGGUACAGCUGAUGAUUUGAUUUUAGAGCAGUGGGGCAAGGAAACAUAUGCGAGCCUAUCAAAACUUGGCGUUCCUGGUGAAUAUAAUUUGUUACCUAAUGUCUCACAUGAGUUAGAUAGGAAAGAGCUUGCCAAGUUGUCCUCUUGGAUUAUGGAGAAAAUUCCAGAGAAUAAGUAAAAUUUCAUUUGUAAGGUCA